AUGGCAGUAUCAAAGUACAAGUUGUCUGCCUCUUUAAUUGGCCAUGAAGAUGAUGUUAAGAGCAUUGCAGUCACGCGAGAUGGGGAGGUAGUGUCAGUUUCUCGAGACUGUACUGUUAGAAAAUGGAUCAGGGACCCUACCUCUCCAGGUACCUGGCAUCAAAAUGUUUUGUACAAAGAUGAAAAAUAUCUCAAUGCCGUUUCUAGCAACAGCAGUGGUGAUAAAGUUAUAUUUGGUGGUCAAUCCAAAGCCGUUGUCUCCUUAGAUAAUGUCACGGUACAUGGAACUGCUGCCACUACGACUUUGGGCUCUCAUGACGGUAACGUGUGUACAUUAGCUGUGGGCCACGGGUUGAUUGUGAGUGGCAGCUGGGACUCAACUGCCAGAGUUUGGAGCAUUGAAUCAGGCAAGCCACUUUACACAUUAGAGGGUCAUCAGGCUUCUGUCUGGGCUGUUCUGAUUAUCAGUGAUACUCGUCUUAUCACUGCUGCCGCUGAUAAAAAUAUUUUUCUGUGGGAAAACGGCAAAAAGAUUGGGUCAAUUAACUCUGCUCAUGAUGAUGCUAUCCGCGGUCUCUGCAGGUUGAACAGUGAUACAUUUGCUUCAUGUUCAAAUGAUACUACGAUCAAGAUAUGGUCGCUUGAUAGUUUUGCUAGUCAAAGUGCACCAUCAGCGCUCUUGACAUUAACAGGCCAUUCAAGCUUUAUUUAUACGAUAUCUAGUAAUGGCAAGACUUUACUCAGUGGAGGUGAAGAUCGAUCAUUGCGAGUGUGGGACCUAACAAGCAAUGAGUGUAUACAGGUCAUUACGCUUCCAAGUACUUCUGUGUGGUCAGUCGCAUAUUUGAACGAAACUGAUGUUUUGGCGGCUGGAAGUGAUAAUAUCAUCCGAGUGUUUUCCAGAGAUCCAGAAAAGUGGGCUUCAGAAGAUGAAUUAAAGCAUUUGGAACAAGCAGUUGCUUCAACAGGACUGGGAAAAGACCAAACAGGCGGUAAAAUCGAUGAAUCCCAAAUCAGCGACGCUAAGGUCUUGACCCAACCAGGGACGAAAGAGGGACAGGUCGUCAUGGUCCGUGGUGGGUCUGGUGGUCCUGGUGCUCCUAUUGAAGCGCACCAAUGGAGUACUGGUAUGUGGGUUAAGAUUGGAGAAGUGGUCGACUCGGCGACAUCUGGUAAGAAGACUCUAUAUGAAGGCGUUGAGUACGAUUAUGUUUUUGAUGUGGAUAUCAGAGAAGGGGUUCCUCCUCUAAAAUUACCUUAUAAUCUAACUCAGAAUCCUUACGAAGUAGCGCAAUCAUUUGUUGAAAAGUAUGAGCUUUCACCUGGGUAUGUUGAUGAAGUUGCCAAGUUCCUUAUCGCUAAUACUGAAACUGUUGACUUGACAUCACAGCCAGCUCAGGAUCCUUAUUCUUCCGGUAGAUACAUACCUGGUGGCGGCCAUGCGCAGAGUAGUAACUCGGCUCAGACAGCAAUUUCGAAAUCCAGUGAGUCUACUGCAGACCUCCAUAUUCUACCGUUUACGGAAACUGUUUCAUUAGUAUCAUAUUCACCCGAUCCAAUUAUUAGGGCCCUUAGGACUAAUAAUGACAAGUACUCCUCUGGAAAAUUGAGUCCCGCGGAACUUGCGUCAAUUGAAAAUACACUUAAAUCAGGCAUUACACCGGAAUCCGCUCAAGAGAUAUUUCGCUAUUUUGUUAAAAUUGAACAGUCGUGGACUGGUUCGCGGGAUGACCUUCUUCCUGCGUUAGACAUCCUGCGUAUCAUUGUUCCUUCUCUCAAUGUUCCACCAGUAUCACUGGUGCAGACCGUGUUUAACAAUAUGGACCCCGACUCAAUAAAAACGACCCUGUUAGCCACCCGUGUGAUUGUUAAUCUGUUUACAACUCCAGCGGGCCUCAAGCUCGCUCUGAACCCUCAAAUUAGGGAGAAUGCUCUUGAGAUUCUCUCGCCUAUUGUCAGAGAUAACAAAUCGACGAAACCCUUGAAUUUAGCCAUAGCUACGCUUCUUCUUAACUACUCAUCUGCGACGACAGACCCCAAUUCAGGUUUUGAAUUGCUAACAGCUAUUGGUGCUUUCAAGUCCACCACAACCCCACUAGACUCGGAAACAGCAUACCGACUACUGCUUGCUUUGGGAACUACGCUUACAAAUGCUAUAACUGCAUCAGCCACUAUUAAAGAUGCUGCUAUUAAUCUGGACCUUUUAGAAUGGGCAAAGCAACUUGCGAAACAACUUGAAGAGUCACGAAUUAAUGAUCUACUUGUCGAGCUAUCUACUGUCUUGUCAUAA